ACUGGGAACUGGAAUUCUAAAAUCUCGUCUGCAACAAAAACGACACGUGUAUAUAAUUGAGGAACAUUUCCAAGACGCGUAACACCUCGAUUUAACCCAUACGAUGGUAAAAAUAUUCCCCCCAUAUUUAUUGAAAAGAAUCCGUGUGAAGCAAUGAGCGACGGCGCGUACUGAUGUGUCCGCACUGCAUUCCAGAGAAUCUGUCACAAGUCCGGGUAUAAAUAUGUCGAAAUUCGAGAUCCCCACGACAGACACGAUAGAUGGAAUCUGGCCAUUUCUCCAGAGUAUUGAGUGGAGAGAUCCGUGGCUUGCUCUUCUCCUGAUUUUUCAUGUAGCGGUUACCAUGACUGCCUUGAUGACACGAAAUCACGCCAACUUCCAAAUAUUGUUAUUCCUCGUUUUACUAUUACUUGUGUACUUCUCCGAGAGUAUCAAUGAAGUGGCUGCGAGUAAUUGGAGGGUCUUCUCCAGGCAGCAGUAUUUUGAUUCUAAGGGAUUAUUUAUAUCCAUCGUAUUUUCUGUGCCGAUAUUGAUGAAUUGUAUGAUUAUGGUGGCAAGCUGGCUUUAUCAGUCCAGUCAAUUAAUGACCAGUCUAAAGCGAGCGCAAUUGCGCCAGCAGGCGAAAAAUCGACAGGAAGGUGACACAACACAGAAACUCAAGUCCAAGGCAGAGUGAAAAAUAAUCAUUGAAAAAUCUAGUCAUGUUCAUUUACGAGGAUAACAAUUUUUACGAUUAAGUGUUAAAUAUUAACGUAAGUUUUGAGAUAACGAUUGUUUCGAUGGAAUUUUGAGCGUUAAUUCUCGUAGGACUCCAGCUGGACGAGUUCAGAAGAAUUGCCCAUUUUUUUCCCCCCCUUUUUUGAAACGAGGAGAGAAAGAAGGGAUUGGUAGAUGAGAAAAAACUAUGUGACUUAUUAAUUAUUAAUCGAUCGGCUCUAUUAGAUUGUAUAUCACGUUUGUACAUUUUUUAAAAAGCAAAACACUGCAAAAUAUUUGUAUGAUAAUCAAAAUGUCGAGAUCGCAUGAUGCCGAUUGGUAAAAAUCUCUUGGCGUGAUUUUUUCGAAUGUUCUAUUCUAAAUUUCGUAAUUCGAGAGGGAAAUCAUUGAAAUUGACAUUUUUCCCGGAAAUUAUCAAUCUUGGAGAUAAUUUCAGUUCAAUUAAGCAAUGAUUUAAUGAAUUGUGAAAAAUCGAAAUUUUCAUUAAUGAAUUGCAUGUGCUCUAACACAUUCCUGCGGCUUUUUCAUUCUACCAGAAAAACGUGGCCAUAAGUAGAGGUGAAUCAAACAAUUAGGGCACAAAAGAUUUCUACGUACUUACUAAUAUCGCAGAUUUUAAUCGUCUAACGUAACGAAGAGAGAAACAAGAAUAUCACCAGCUAUUUUUUUAGGAUUAGUGAUGUACUGGGGGAUCUCUCGCCCUCAUUUUAACAACGAAUUAUUGUUCGUCUUCCUCUGUGAAUUUAUCCCCCGAAAAAUCGGUAGGAUCGAGGAAGCAUCUCGUAAUAAUCAAGCCAAGCUUGCGAUAAAUGAGAGAAAAAAAUUGGUACAUGAAUUUUCUAUUUUUUUUUAUGUUCUCUGUUCAACAUUCUUGCCUUU